AUGGCUGACUAUCGAUCAAAAGGUCAUAAUUUGACCAAAUUAGAAGAGGAGGUGCUUAUCCAGUAUAUAAUCGAUAUGGAUGAGAGAGUUUUUGCACCUAAAUUGAGUGGUGUAGAAGAUAUGGCGAAUUAUAUCCUCGAAUCGCGGGGUGCAAAGAAGGUUGGAAAGCUCUGGGCUCAUCGCUUUGUCAAACGAUACCCAGAGUUAAAGACGCGUUUUAAUCGCGUUUAUGAUUUCCAAAGAGCUCUUUGUGAAGAUCCAAAGCUUAUUGAAGAGUGGUUUCGAUUGGUAUUGAAUAUGCGGGCGAAAUAUGGUAUUGUCGAUUCCGAUUUCUACAACUUCGAUGAAACCGGCUUUAUGAUGGGCGUAGGAUCUCUCAAACCCCUCACAAUCCAACUGAGGCUCUCUUACAAUCAACUCUAG